CCUCGCGAUAUCAUGUAUUAUGAGACCUGGCAACUCUCAAUCACGCUGAAUACAGCAUACUACAGAUUUUCUUGAUUCCACAUUCUGUUAAUAUUCAUCAGGUGUCGUGUAUCUUUAUCGUGCGUUCUUGCGCCCGUCUAAUAGUAAGCCAGAUCUUCCGAGCCAAUGGACGAACUUCAAGAAUCAGACACCUGCAGUCCCACAAUAUUUCUACCGAGUGUCUGAUGAGAAUUCUCAUUCUAAGUUCCACGAAAAUUUGGGGUUUGUGGCUAGUAUACCUCAUGCUACCUACGACCCCGAGCAUUGGAAUCCCCGGCUUGAGUUAGAACGGCACAUGGAUUGGACAAAUAAACAUCCGACACCCUUUACAUCUGUGACGGCCUCCUGCGAAAAGGCCCUCGAAUUUGCUAAGCAGAGGGUGGAAAAGAAGAGGCGUACUAUUACGAUUGCGAAGAUCGAUGGGUCGCGACUCGAAACAGCAAUCCACCGGAUGUGCGAUCCUGUUCAACAAACAGGCGCAGAUAUAAAACAUGAAGCAAUGAACAACCACGAAUAAUUGUGUGUUCGCCGCAUUCCAGCGAACGCCGUCAUUCAGCGUCUUACACUUGGUGAUGAACAGCAAUGAAAAAUUGGUUGGUGUAGCUGAGUCCGAUAUUAUAGUUCAGUUUUAGAUCAUGCUCAUUGUGUUCCAGCUCUCAAGCUUCUACAACCCAUACCGGACGGUGGCAUAAUUCCGUUACGUAGAAGAUGUCCUAGGCUUGUUUCUGUAUUUCUGUGCAGACUUCACACUACUUAUGAUCUCGGCGUAUCAAGAUGCUUACCUCCGUAAUUGCAAGUUGAAUAGUAACUAGUAAGGACCAGUAUUUAAUGCAUCGAUGC